UAAUAUUCUUACACCCUCCUCCUUAUAUAAUUACAUAUAUAUCUACAUAUAAAUAUCUCAUUACACAUUUCAUAAGACCUCACGAAGCAAACCAAUUCUAUUUUUUCUGUAAGAGAGAGAGAGAGAGAGAUAGCCAGAGAAUAAUACUUGUUUUUGAUAUGCCAACAUCUCUACAAUUUCAGAGACCUUCCACCGCCGCAGAAUCAGCCAACCACCACCACCACAAACAGCUUCAGAAAAUGAGCCUCACGCGCGGCAUGGCUGACGUCCCGGAGCACGUGGAGCUUUCCCACACGCACGUUGUGGAACCCUCUCAGUGCUUCUCCGUCGUGGUUCAGGACGUGGACGCUCCGGCUUCCGCCGUCUGGUCGAUUCUCAGCCGCUUCGAACACCCUCAAGCGUAUAAACACUUUGUGAGGAGCUGUCACGUGGCUGCCGGAGACGGUCGAGAGGUUGGCUCCGUGAGGGAGGUCCGAGUCGUCUCUGGUCUCCCCGCUGCGUUCAGCUUAGAGCGGCUUGAGAUCAUGGACGAUGAUCGCCACGUCAUGAGCUUCAGCGUCGUGGGUGGGGACCACAGGCUUCAGAACUACAGAUCGGUCACGACGGUGCACGAGUCGACGGAUGAUAAUAAGAAGACACGUGUCGUUGAGUCAUACGUGGUUGACGUGCCGGCUGGUAAUGAUAAGGAUGAGACUUGCAGCUUCGCCGACACCAUUGUGCGUUGCAACUUGCAAUCGUUGGCUAAACUCGCCGAGAACCCGCCUAGAAUCUCGUAAUUACAUUUUCGUUUGAACUUUUUAAUUUUAUCUUUAUCUUCUAAUAUAUUCUCUAUUUCAAGAUUUUAUCUUCUUUUUUAGGUUCUAGAUUAUUUAAUCAUCGUCGGGGAUUUUUCGAAACUACAAAAAAUGAAUGGUUUUGGUUUUUCGAAGUUAGGGUUUUAGGGUUUGUUAAGUGUUCGUUUCGACGAUACUUUAGUUCACCCUUAAGAUCGUUACUUCUUGAGCUCUUGUGUAAAUACAAUCUCGUAGUUUUUAAAUAAACAAGACAUUGUUUGUUUAGGUUUUUUUAUCUUCCUAGUGUUCUUCUUACCAGUUACUUCAAAAUAUGUAUGAUCUUUGUUUAAUCAUGUAACAAUAUAAUGUUCAGUUACUGACUACUGUUUCUAUAUUUUCGAUA